GCAAGUCUAGCUUGCGUAAGUGAUAUAUAAUAUGAUUGUAUGAUUGAUAAGAUCCUAUUUAUGUUGAGAGGAGGAAGAGAAAGGAAUUAUACAAAAGAGAAGCGAAGAGGAAAAUAUAUUUCAUAGACCUUGUUCACUUAGAGAAAGGGGAGGGAAAUGAGCCAAGCUUUUCAAAUGGAGAUGAACACUCUCAACUCUACUUUGUUAUGGACAAAACUCCAUCUUCUCUGGCCAUUACAGUAAGGAUAAAACUUGCCUAGAGGAUCAUAAGCACAAAAAUGAAGUAAUCCCUGGCAAAGGGCUCAAAAAAUUGGAUUAGAGCAUUUCACGCUUUUUAUUAUCCUUAAAUAGUGAAUCAAAUGUCCAACAUAGAUAGCAGAGGAUGUCUCCUCAAUAAUUUUUUCCCUUGCUUAUGCACACUUAGAAGAUGACCUCCAAAUAUUCGCUGAUUGUAGCUAGGGCCUUCAUUUGCUUUCCUAGAAAAUACACAUGGAGUUCCACAUUUGAUGUAUAUUUUUGUUUCACUUUCUUCUCUCCCUCGUGUAUUUCAUCCAAAUAAUCAGACCCCAAAAGUACUAAUUUUUAGGUGAAAAUGGGAUGAAGACACGUCUAAGGCAUGGGCCAACUUCCACAAGAUUACAUUAACUGCAAACUUAUAGGUUAAAAUCACAUGACAGUUGCUUCCUCAAUCAUUCAAUAGUUCAACUUAACAUCUAAUCAUUCAUCAAUUCAAAAUAAUGAAGAAAAUAUAUCAUUAACAACAUAAACAGUAAAAAGUUUUAGUGACUAAUUGUGCAAUUAUAUUGUUGUGUUCUAUAUUAGUGAUGCCAUUGAUCAUACUCAUGAGCCAAAGUAUUUUUUAAAAAAAAAAAGGUUGAGAACUGUGUUAUUUCAGUUAUCAAAUGGUUACUAACUUUUCACACGCACUAAUUUGAGGGUCAAACAGGCCUAAAAACAAAUUAAUCCAAAUAAGUCAGAAUGUAAACAUAUAUUGAUUUCUCUACAACUUCGUCUUGUUUCUCGUCCAUUUGAGCAUGUAAAAUAUAUGAAGCAGCAGGCCAUGGCAUUGCAAACUGUUGAGUCAUCCCCUGUUCAAGGAAUCAUAACUAGUUAAAAAUAUUUCCAUCUUUACUGCAUUGUUGUUGUUCUUACUGCUGCUGCAGCUGUUAACCAUCACACACUGCAUGCACUCGUCGCCCUCUCUGGACCACCACGAUACAUUGUAACUUACACUGUCCUCUCAUCAGUUACUGAAACCCUCUCUGCCUCGCACUUUAAACCCAAUCAUACUGAUUCUCGUUCCUCAUGAUUCAACAGAAUAAUCAUCACAGAAAUGUAUCACUCGAUAAUUAUCCGUCUUCAGAUUUUUAAUUAAUUAUCCCCAUUAAUGUUAUUCUUCUGCAUGAUGCAACUCUACAUGUGCAUGCAAUGCAGGGAAGCUGCUGUGUGCAGAGAAGAAAGUGAUGUCUCUCUCUCUCUCUCUGUCUCCCACGUCCAUUUGUUGUCCUCAGUGUCCGUCGCAGUGGUCCAGUAGUUUUGACCAAAUUAAGGAUUAGUGCCUUAAUUAGCACCAGUUAAUCAAACCAAUCAGACAAUAAUUAACUCUGCAGUACUGUGAGUUCUGGAAGAGUGCCAGUCCUACGGAAGAUUUUGCUGCACAGAAGGAAGGCCCACAGAGGACCGCGUGGUGGUCCCACUCCAAGAGCCAAUGGAAUCUGAAAGCAACAAACAACCCAGUUUCUCUAACUUGGAUGGCUCAGCCUCGGAAAGACACCAGCAUCUCUUUCUCUCCACGCUUCCUUUCAAGCACAACCCAACCCCUCCUCUCUUCCUCUCCAAGUCAUAUCACUCUUGCCUCUUCUAUAUUACAAAACCUCUUUCUCCUCUACUUUCCUCUUCUCUCCUUCACUUUUCAGCUACAGGUUUUGAUUAAUCGGUGCUGUAAUUAAUUAACACCUGUGUUUAUGUUUUUGUAUGUUCAGAAUUACUUUAUUGAUGCAGAGAGGCCGGAGGAUGUACCACAACGUUGGUUCCAUGUCCGCUCACUCGGACUACUUGCCGCUCAUGGUCAUGGGAGAUAACAGCAGUGACCUGACCAUUAAUGAAACCUCCGUCGGCCUCCACCAUCAGUUGCUACAGCCGCCGUGCUUCGAUCCCAUCAACGGCUUUUCCGGCUCGGCGGCGGCUGCUGAUAUGUUAUACGCGGAGUUGCCGCCGGUGAUGGACUCUAGUAAUGCCGUGUUCUACCACCACCACCCGGUUCAUUACGAUGCGUUGGUUAAUCAGGUGCCGUAUGUCUUUGAGGCCGGGCAUGGAGAGCAGAAGCUGCUGGAGAACAGGACGAGGCAUCAUGCGUGGGGGUUGAAGCAGGGCGGGCAGAAGAAUGAGAAGCAAAGGAGAGAAAGGCUCGGGAAGAAGUUUGAGGACCUCAAAUCUCUCAUUCCCAACUCCACCAAGCCUUACAGGGCGUCGAUUGUGGCGGACACGAUCGAGUACAUCAACGAGCUGCUGAGGACCGUCGAGGAGCUGAAGAUGCUGGCCGAGAAGAAGCGGCAGAGGGGGAAGAAAAUGGCGGCGGCGGCGGUUGCGGCGACGGCAGCUGGGGACGUGGAGAGCUGCUCCUCGCUGGCGGUGGCGGCGCCGAUGGCCGAGGGCGGACCGAGCAGCGGGAUGCUCCGGAGCUCGUGGAUACAGAGGAAGUCGAAAGAGACGUUCGUGGACGUGCGCAUCGUCGACGACGAGGUCAACAUCAAGGUGACCCGCCGGCGGAGGGCGAACUGCUUGCUUGCCGUCGCCAAGGCACUCGACGAGCUCCGCCUGGAGCUGUUGCAUUUGUCCGCCGGGAAUGUGGGAGGAUCGAACAUCUUCAUGCUCAACGCCAAGAUUCAUGAUGGUUCUUCGGUCUACGCCAGUGCGAUCGCCAAGAAACUUAUCGAAGCAAUCGAUGUUGUCUAAGAAGAAACGGGGAGAUUAAUUAAUUAAUUAAUAUAUAAUAGAGCUAAUUAUAGUUAAGGUAGAUCUUGUAGUAGUACUAAUUGUCACU